UUGUGAGCGGGUUUUCAGAGCUCACUGGCUAGACUUAUUUGCUAGUACCUGGCAACCCUGCCAUCGCAGCGGGUGGUCAGAGAAGAAACUGAGACGAAGUUCAGGCUUUUUCUCUCGCGAGGAAGGACGCCGUUAUCGAAAUCCCUACAAACAACACGAGAAUUCAUCAUUCACACGGUCUGAAUAAUGUCGGAACAAGAUUUGGGGGAGAUGGUGCAGAUAGCAGUGGAGGAUUUGGGCCAGGGCGACCAGACUGAUGUGUUGGACAAUCAUGAAGAUUCUGAUGACAAGCCUGACACGAAAAGGCCAAGGGUGGACAACAGCACCCAGGAUGCAUCUCUAAAGACCUUGUUGUACUCCAUCAGCCAAACGAUCUGCCAGCGUCUGGACAACAUGGAGGCCAAGUUGCAGCUGGUAGAGGUGACAUGCCGGACCCUGGAGAAGAAGCUGGAUGCCGUGGUCAACAAGAACCAGGCACCCAUCCAGGUCCCUAUGGUGGCCGGCUCCCCUCUAGGUGCCACCCAGACCUGGAACAAAGUGCGCUGUGUUGUUCCGCAGACCAAUGUCAUAGUGAGCCAAGACCGACCGAAGGGUCAGGAGGAGUCAGUAACUCGAGGGGCAGAUUCACUGGAGAACCUCCUUAGCAACACAGUGGGCGGGCGGAGGCAGAACACGUUCCUGGUGAAGGUGCCGGCGCCGGAGGACAGCCAGGAGGAACAGGAGAGCGGUUCAGAGGCCAGCGACUCGGUGUCCAACAGUGGCCAGGCCAACAACUCCCAGAGCACCCAGAACGUCACACUCAUCACCCUCAACUCCGAGGAUGACUACCCAGCAGGUACGUGGCUUGGCGACGAGAACAAUGCAGAGAUGCGUGUACGUUGCCCAGUGUUGCCGGGCGACAUGCUCCACCUCAGCACCAACUGCCGCACAGCGGAGAAGAUGGCGCUGACACUGCUGGACUACCUUUUCCACCGCGAAGUGCAGGCAAUGUCCAACCUGUCAGGACAGGGCAAGCACGGCAAGAAGCAGCUGGACCCGCUCAUGAUCUACGGCGUACGCUGUCACCUGUUCUAUAAGUUUGGCAUCACUGAGUCGGACUGGUACCGGAUCAAGCAGAGCAUCGACUCCAAGUGUCGCACGGCAUGGAGACGCAAGCAGCGCGGCCAGAGUCUGGCAGUCAAGAGCUUCUCCAGACGUAGCGCCAACGCGCCUGGCAGCUCAGAGGGUGGCGCUGUGGCGGAGGUGGCUCACAUGGAGGGGGUGACCCAGCAGACUCUACACUACACCCUGGCCAACCAGGCCGUCCAACAGGUCCAGAUCCACCGCAUAGGAGAGGACGGACAGGUCCAAAUGAUACCUCAGGGACACCUCCAUAUUGCCCAGGUCCCACAGGGGGAAGAGGUGCAAAUCACACAGGACAGUGAGGGGAACCUUCAGAUCCACCAGGUGCAUGUUGGGCGGGAUGGUCAGGUGCUGCGUGGGGCCCAGCUGAUAGCAGUGGCGUCAGCUGACGGAGGGGCCACAACAGUGGAGGGCUCCCCCCUACAGGCCAGUGACAUCCAAGUGCAGUACGUCCAACUGGCCUCUGUCAACGAGCACACCGCUACUGUACAGGCAGCAGAACUGGCCCCAGCCAUGCAGGGUGAGAUGGAGGUGAAGGAGGAAUCCAUCCAUCUGCCAACAGGGGAGAAUGGGGAGGUGGUGCAGAUCGUCAGUUCUGUGGGCACCUGAGGGCCUGGGGAGAGAGAUGGCCACCACAGAGAUACAGAGGUGUGGAUGAAAGGGAUGGGGAGUGGGGGAUUCAAUAAAUAAAGACAAUUAAAUGAACAAACAAAUAAGAGAGAAAAAUGAGCAAAUGUCAACAGAACAGAUCAAGAGAAGUGUUUUAGUUAUUCCUCUGAUUGAUUGUCAUCAUCAGAAGAGGACCUGGCCUGGGAUUAAACCCCACCCAUGAGGGAUGCUGCUCAGGCAGACAGACCCUCACUGGCUACACCUCAGCACUGGAAAAGCAUGGAGCUAUCAUAAAUUAAGCUGAUUGGCUCAAUUUACAUUUACAGUAGGCUACGCUAACCCCCUAGACACGUACUUUACACAACCAAUACUGUUCUGUUCUCCUCUAUAGCAUCCUGCAAUCGUGUCAUGUUGGACUGCUGUGGAAAGUAGUACAAGCCUAAAACGGGCACUUAUUCAUGGUUGAGUUUUCAUGAUUGUCCAUAAUUUCUGGUCUGGACCCCGGCUUUCGUUGCCAUCUUUUCCCAGCUUGUUUUCAUAUUGGUUAACCCACAUACAGUGGGGUCCGAAAUUAUUGACACCCUUGUUAAAGAUGAGCAAUAAUGACUGUAUAAAGUAAUUAAAUUACUGAGCUAUAUUGUUUGCUCAAAAUGUGGUAAUUAUAUUUUAUACUAAUACAAUUGCUCAAAUGUUUUGUAAACUCAGCAAAAAAAGAAACGUCCUCUCACAGUCAACUGCGUUUACUUUCAGCAAACUUAACAUGUGUAAAUAUUUGUAUGAACAUAACAAGAUUCAACAACUGAGACAUAAACUGAACAAGUUCCACAGACAUGUGACUAACAGAAAUGGAGUAAUAUGUCCCUGAACAGGGGGGGUCAAAAUCAAAGUAACGGUCAGUAUCUGGUGUGGCCACCAGCUCUUCCACCAAGGCACCAGCAAAUUUCCAGACAUUUCUGGGGGGAAUGGCCCUAGCCCUCACCUCACGAUCCAACAGGUCCCAGUCGUGCUCAAUGGGAUUGAGUUCCGGGAUCUUCGCUGGCCAUGGCAGAACACUGACAUUCCUGUCUUGAUGGAAAUCACACACAGAACGAGCAGUAUGGCUGGUGUCAUUGUCAUGCUGGAGGGUCAUGUCAGGAUGAGCCUGCAGGAAGGGUAUCACAUGAGGGAGGAGGAUGUCUUCCCUGUAUGCGACGUUCUUGCCGGUGAUGUCUGGUGUCUGCCUUACAACAGGCCUACAAGCCCUCAGUCCAGCCUCUCUCGGCCUAUUGCGGACAGUCUGAGCACUGAUGGAGGGAUUGUGCGUUCCUGGUGUAACUUGGGCAGUUGUUGUUGCCAUCCUGUACCUGUCCCGCAGGUGUGAUGUUCAGAUGUACCAAUCCUGUGCAGGUGCUGUUACACGUGAUCUGCCACUGCGAGGAUGAUCAGCUGUCCGUCCUGUCUCCUUAUAGUGCUGUCUUAGGCGUCUCACAGUACGGACAUUGCAAUUUAUUGCCCUGGCCACAUCUGCAGUCCUCCUGCCUCCUUGCAGCAUGCCUAAUGCACUUUCACGCAGAUGAGCAGGGACCCCGGGCAUCUUUCUUUUGAUGUUUUUCAGUCAGUAGAAAGGCCUCUUUAGUGUCCUUAGUUUUCAUAACUGUGACCUUACUUGCCUACUGUCUGUUAGUGUCUUAACGACCGUUCCACAGGUGCAUGUUCAUUAAUUGUUUAUGGUUAAUUGAAUAAGCAUGGGAAACAGUGCUUAAACCUUUUACAAUGAAGAUCUGUGAAGUUUUGGGAUUUUUACGAAUCAUCUUUGAAGACAGGGUCCUGAAAAAUGUGCGUUUCUUUUUUUGCUGAGUUUAUUUGGUCCCAUAUUCCUGGCACGCAAUGACUACAUUGAAAAUGACUUACAUGUAGAGUAUCCAGAGAGAAAUAAAUGUUUUGUUUUUCCUGCUGUAUUUCUGUGGAGGACACAUCCAUGUGAAUAAAAUAUUUUGUGUUGCCACAAA